ACGUUUGCAAGAAAACAAAUUAGGACAUACCUAUCCACCAGUCGGCAGAGUAUGGCACUUUUCGACGAGAUCUCCGGUGUGCACGAGCAAAAAGCCUGGUGUGACGGUGUGCACCACAAAAAUUGUCUGGUGUGCUGGUGUGCACCGACUAUUUUUCCCUGUUGUGGUUAAAAUUUGUGAAGUUGCAUUUCACCGUAAAAAUGCGUGUGAAGUAUACUGUUGAAGAUAGCGCAAGUUUUUAUUUGUAAACUUGUCAAGUAAGAUUCAUGAUAUCUCAAAUUGUUCAUACACAACUGUGCUUGUUUUUAUCAGCUGACAUUUUCUAUGGGACCACACCAAGCCACACCCAUCUUAGUUGCCACACCCAAAAAUACGGGUGUGAAACAGGUUUUGCACAAAAAUAUCUCCGGUGUGCACAUGCCAUACUCUGCAGACUGGCCUAUCCAUAAACCGUUCACCCAAUAUAUUCGGAAAAAAUGAAUUUGGUGGAGAGAAAUUGUCUGAAGUGUACAAAGAGGCUGGCAAUCCAUCUUCAAAGGAAUGCAAAUCAAGAGCUAAAGCAAAGAAGGCAUUUUUACAUGUGGAUAAAUGUCAUGUUUAAUAGAAAAGACAACAAAAGAGUAAAAGAAAUUGGUCCAGACAGAGCAGCUGCUGAGUGGAUUGUUCGUAAUGGAGGAAGUGUGAAGUUUGCUGGCUAUGAAAAAUAUAUUCAAGACUACAAUGCUCUUCCCGUUGGAUCCUUGCCCAGGAAAUAUCUUCUUGAAGAAAUUAAUGCAAGAGGCAUAAGUUUGACUGACAAUGGAUUUGAGCAUCUUGUUGGACUAAAGAAUCUCAGAGUUUUUGAUAUGAAUUCUUGUUCAUAUAUUACAAACUUGUCAUUACUGACAGAAGUCUCAGAGUCACUGCAAUAUCUAGAUGUAGGAAACUGUGAAAGUCUUGCAGACAUAACACCAAUUGCAAAAUUAAAAGCACUGAAAAAGCUUAUACUAACAAAGACACUUGGAAAGAACAGAGAGCUUGCUAUUGAUGAUAUCAAAAGGCAAUUGCCUAACUGUGAAAUUAUUGAAUAGUAACAUAAAUUGAAAUCUAGUAACGGCAGUUUCCAAAGAAGCCUUACCCUUCAGAAAUCAAAAGAUUUGGUAUGUGCAGGAAGUUUAUAAAGGAAACUAGGCCUGCUGUUAGUGCUUGCUGUUUGCUUGUACAGGUUUACAUGGAAUUGCAAAACUGAGAAUUAUUUUUUUCAAGAGAAAAAAUGAUAUCUAUCAUUUCUAAAAAACUCCAAAUAGCAAAUUUUAAGAGCUACUCACCCCACCAUGAGUCAGCCAUAGAAGGGCAAGAGUAAUUGCUUACAAACCAACACUCUUUUCGGCAAACUUGUUGAACUCUGAAGAAACUUAUUUUGAGUGAAGUUCAAGGUCGUUGGUGCAAAUGGCAGCCUGCUAUUAUUGCAGAUGAUGAUAUGAAAAAUAACAUAAAUAUGUCAUUGUGAGCUCAUUAGCUUAAAGCUGCCUUGCAUGCUUACCGUUCUUGGGUAUUUUAAUACCAAUUUGAGUGCAAAUAUGGAGCCUGUAUAUGAAUGCUGAAAAUAUCAUUUAGAAAUCUCUACGAUGAACGCUUUUGUUGAAUGUAACAAUAUAUUCCUGUAUGAUUGCUUGUAAAUUAAUUGCUAUAUAAUUUAUUAUACAUUUCAAUUGAUACACAUCAA